AUGCGCCCAUUGACAGAGGAAGAGAGCAAGGCUGUCUUUGCAAAACUAGCAAAUUACAUCGGCAAAAACCUCGUACAUCUCAUUGACAGAGAAGAUGAACCCCACUGCUUUCGGCUCCAGAAGGACCGCGUGUUCUAUGUCUCCGAGUCGUCCAUGAAGCUGGCCAUCUCUGUUGCAAGACCAAAUCUCGUGAGCCUGGGCACAUGUUUCGGCAAAUUCUCGAAGAGCGGCAAGUUCAAACUCCACGUCACUGCCGUGGACUACCUUGCGCAAUACGCGAAGUACAAGGUGUGGAUCAAGCCUAAUGGCGAGAUGCCCUUCCUGUACGGCAAUCACGUUUUGAAGGCCCACCUUGGCCGGAUAACGGAAGACACCCCCGAACAUCAGGGAGUUGUUGUCUUCAGUAUGAAUGACAUACCACUGGGUUUCGGUGUGACUGCAAGGUCCACAGUGGAUACCCGGAAACUCGACCCUACGUCAAUCAUUGUUUUCCACCAAUCUGAUGUUGGGGAGUACCUUCGUGACGAGGAAACACUCUUCUAG